AUGACUCAGCGAGCAGCUCCUGAAAAGUUGAGAAUAGAGCGCGCGCGUGAAAGAUACCUCAAGAUCCGCGAUCACUGUGAUGCUAUUAGCCUAUGUGUUCUGGCUUCAGCAGUGUCGCUUCUUGGUGUGUCAUGCCGUCCGCUCCUUCUGCAUAUCCUAUACCCUGUUCUCGGCGCUUUAGGACGACGCAGCGAAUUGGUUCGACGUGCUGCCCAGUACGCAUUGGAGUGUAUGGCAGACGCUUGUGCCUAUCCGGACGUACGGAGUUGUGUGCUUCAUCACACGGAUUAUGUCUUGGGAGCAGCGAGUCAUCGACUUGUCUCAGGACUACGCACAGAGCUAUAUGCUGGUGUCACGAUUGACUCGAUCGAGCCCGCUCCUACAACGGGUCUCAUGAGUGCACGCGCAGCACCAUGGGUAUUGGUCCAGAUCAUCGAAAUGCUUGGCAUCGAGGCACUUCCAUGGGUCGAGGAUGCUGUGGAAGAAGUGCUGACGGCGCUAGAUCAGUUUCAUGGACACGAAGAUGUCUGUGAUGGCCUUCUCGCUGUCCUUGCACGCCUCGUCGCAGUCAUGGCGCCCGUGCAGUCUAUGAACCCCACACCUGCUCCGAGAUCGUCAGAUGCGAUCGAAGAGUUCCGACUUUGGAUUCAGAGAUCAACGUCUACAGCUAAUGACUUAGCAGAAGCGCCAGCGAACACGAAAGUCCCGGACCAAAAUACGAACGAGGACCCGAAUCCACCACCUGACCGUCUUCAAACUGUUGUGUCCGACAUUCUCGCCCGGUGUGUACCAUUCCUUAGUCACGUGGACGCUCAUCUCCGUGUGCGAGCUUUGGAUAUGCUUCGCGAUGGCGUUAAAACAUUAGCACCGCAGAAUCGUACAGCAGAGCUGUAUCCCGUCUUGGACCGGGCAUGGCCAUUGAUCCUUACACGAUUAGGCACAAGCUUUUCAAGUGCCGGGCUCCAGUCAGAGAACGAUCUGAACGUAUGGAUUCAUGCCACUAUGCUCGUGUCAGCCGUGGGUCAAUGUGCAUCUGAUGGUUUCGGUCGGCGCAUUCUCAAAGAUGUGUGGCCCCGUUGGAACACCAUGCUGCACGAUCAACGAGGCAUUGGCAAACCAAAGCACGCACGUAUUUCGUAUGCAGCUCUGCUGCCCAACAAUACGCCUGCCGCCGCCCAAAGGGAACAGCAUGCCACACGGAUCGGGCUCUACGAUGAGCAUGCGACGAACGGACGCAUAUUUUAUCCGUGCAGAUAG